AUCAAGCCACGCAGCAUUUCCCUCGAAAGGUUGACGUGUUUCGUGCAGACAACAUAAAAUGAGGAAAAAUUUCCGCGAAAUUCACACUUGAAUUGCGACCAUGAAACGAAAAUAUUCGCUCCUGUUAGUUGGGACUCUGUUGGGCUUGUCCCUUGGCCUUCCAGCCAACACCCAUAAUAAGAAGGCAAAAUUUACGAUGCAGGAUGAAGCUGUGGAAGAUUCUGGAGACAAGGGCAAGCAGUUCUGGGGCGUUGAACCUGGUCUGCCACCACCUGGAGGAUUCCCAGGUCAAGGUGGACCAGCAGGAGGUUUUCCAGGUCCUGAUGGCUUCCAACCAGGAGGCUUUCCAGGUGGACAACCAGGAGGCUUUCCAGGUGGACAACCAGGAGGCUUUCCAGGAGGACAACCAGGGGGCUUUCCAGGUGGACAACCAGGAGGCUUCCCAGGAGGACAACCUGGAGGCUUUCCAGGAGGACCACCAGGAGGUUUUCCAGGAGGACCACCAGGAGGUUUUCCAGGAGGACAACCAGGAGGCUUUCCAGGUGGACAGCCAGGAUUUUUUCCGGGUGAACAGCAAGGAGGCUAUCCAGGUGGACAAUUUGGUGCGCCUGGAGGACAAUAUCCAGGUGGCCCAGGGGGCGGCUUUCCUCCCGGAGGCUAUCAACCUGGCUUCGGACAAUAUCCUGGCGGUGGUGGCUUUUUUCCUGGUGGCGGUGGCGCAGCAGGAAACCCUGCUGGAUUCCCUCAGCAGCCAGGCGCAGGCGUCCCUUUCCAUCCAUUUGGUAGAGAGGAAAAGCAGAAACAGAAACAGCGGAGAUCAACUCACAAGAAUUGAAUAUCUUCUGAGUACAAUGAUCAUGAUUGGUACAAAAAGUGCUAAGCUGCUUGCACAUUGAAUUAAAUUUUGUAGUUUUAAUGCGUUUGAAAAUUAUUAGAAUUGUGAGGAAGAAUAAAUAAAUUCAUUCUUUAGACUAG